AUGCGAAUCAGGCGGAAACAGAGUUCCGCCCGGUGAUUCUUACGUAGGCGAUUACAGACGACUCAAUUAAUCAAAUUAAGAUCUGUAAAAGCCGGAAGAAUCGUAGUUGAACGAAGUAUAGUUUGGUAAAUAAAAAUCAACAAAGUAUCACUAAAUGAAGCGUAAAUUAAAUUGAAAGCAGGAAAACAGAGUUCCGGCGUCGCGACGGCGAUGCGUCGGCGAUGCAUCGGAAUCCUGAGCGUUCGGGAGGAUCGUCGUGCAGUGUCCACGGCCUCGAAGGCUCUCCUUGGACAAAGACGACGUGGGCAAUCUCUAGAUAAAGCAGGAAAAUAGAGUUCCGGCGUCGCGACGGUGACGCGUUGGCGAUGCACCGGAAUCUUGAGCGUUCGGGAGGGUCGUCGUGCAGUGUCCACGGCCUCGAAGGCUCUCCUUGGACAAAGACAACGUGGGCAAUCUCUAGAUAAAGCAGGAAAACAGAGUUCCGGCGUCGCGACGGCGACGCAUCGGCGAUGCACCGGAAUCCUGAGCGUUCGGGAGGGUCGUCGUGCAGUGUCCACGGCCUUGAAGGCUCUCCUUGGACAAAGACGAUGUGGGCAAUCUCUAGAUCUUCUCGUGAAGUCUAGAGACCAAUGAAGUGGGUCGUCGAAUCGUCUCCGGCGGCUGUCACCCGGCGGAGCGGAAAAACAGCGACUUUGCGGCUCUCCGGCGGCUGUCACCCGACAGAGAGGGGCUGGAUGGAGGUGAGGCGCAUGUUAGAGAGCUUCAUCCUCAGGUCCGCGCAGCAAGAGGAGGCUCUUCAUCGCAUCUGGUACGCUCUUAGGAGGUGGCGACUGGUCUCCCGGCGGAUCGUCCUCUUCCCGACGACGGCUUGUUCGUCGAUCAAUCGGAGAUGAUUUACUCGAUGGAUUGCGAUCCUUUUAUCGCGAAUCGUUCAAAAAUUUUAGUAGCAAUGCUCUGCGAAUCGCGUUGACGAGAUUUUCGCCGAUGAUCCAGCGAUUCCGAUUGCUUAAUCCUUCACCGGCGAUCUGCAGGAAAGUCGUGAUAAUCAGUUAAAAAUAUAUGAAUUUUGACUUUGGGAGGAUUCGAACGCGCGGCGGUCGCCUGCCCAUUUAGUCCCACAUCGGUUGUGCGCGGAUUAUUCGGGCGAAUAUAUAGUAAAGUUAACUUUCUAGGCAAAGUCCUCUCGCGUGUACGAUCACUCCUUGCCCCACAGCCGGCUGACCACUGGUGACGUGGAAGGGGAGUGGCGCACACGUGCCCCUAUCGAUCCAAGCAAGCCGCUUGAGCCCCUGCUCGCGGCUACUCCCCGACUGCGCUUCCGACCCGCUUGCGGGCCCGGCUGGUCGGCGGAUCCCCCCAUUUUGCAAUAUUUUUAUUUUUAUUUCUUGUUCUUCAUUUAUCUCAAAACUAAGACUGUAAAAAUCAUAUAAAAUCACAUAAUUACCCAAAAAUUCACGUUAAUCAACUGAAAACCACUUUUCAUGCUUUAACACAAAUAUAAGUCUAUUUAUCAUGAGUUAAGGCUAAAACUAUAUUAUUUACUAAUUAUUAACUCAUAAUAAUGAAGACUUAUCAACCAUCUUCAAGUAAGAUGAGUGCACUAGAGUCUAUCUCAUGUAUUAUCACAUCCCCUCUUCAAAAGAGGUCUUUAAUUCUCCAUGUCAUCCUCGCCGUUUGUGCAAAUGAGAUCCCACUUAUGUAACCUCAAAAUGAGGUCAAACUUUUAUCACUCAAUCAAAUUUCAUAUUAAAAAAAAAAAAAACCCUAAACCCUAAACCCUAAACCCAUCGUGUGCAUGCAUUGCAAGACACUUGUUGUGCAUGUCCACGAUGUCAAGAGGCGCAAGUGGCAUCUAUCUCCGAAGAAUGUGCCUGAGAGGCACCAAAGUGCUUGGGCGUGUGAAGUACUAG